UAGGCGAUAAAUUAGUGAAUAUAUAUUAUCGUUCAUAAUUGCUUUAGAUUUUCAUGGUUUUAAUUUUGAAAAAAAGAUGGCUUUUGUUUUUGGAUUCAGUUAUCUUGUGUAUUUAUUUUGAAACUCAGACAAGUAACUUGAAUUGAGAAAAAUCCGUGAUCUUUCAGAUAAUUUUCUCUCUCAUCAUCUUCAGUCUUUGCUGAAUAUUUGGCUGGUUUUUUGGGUUUGUUCCACUUAGUCCAUGCCAGCGAGAUUUUCGAGUGAUCUUCAAGUUCUUUUUAGAUUUUACUUUUAGAACUAUAAUUGGGGUUUGUGGGUUGAGAUGUCACACGUUUUACUCUUUUUCUUAAGGUGAGGAUCCUGGUUUUUGCUUAAAACCUUGGUCUUCAAAAACAACACUCCUAGUGCAAGCAUUCAAAUUUGAAACAUAGUUGGAAAGCACUGUUUUUUUUUAUUAUUAUUAUUUAUCACAUCACUAGACGGGUGAUGAUACAACAAUGGUUCAAGAAGAUCAACGAAAUUGUAAUGGUGGUGGCAUUGGAGUUGUUGGUAGAUCUUCCAAGAAGCCAAAGCAGAAAAGGGUACCUCAGAGAGGACUUGGUGUGGCUCAGCUUGAAAAGAUAAGACUUGAAGAACAACAAAAGAGAGAUGCGGUUGCAAUUUCAGCCUCUACAAAUUCCUUAUCACCAACCAAAACACCCUAUUUGCCUCUCGCAAUUACGAAUUUUCAUCACUCCAAUGAACCCUCUUCCACAACCCCUUCACCUCUGUCACUACAACAACAACAACAACAACAAGAUGCUGAAGCUCCAAGCACUGUUCCAUUGGGAAACAGUGGUGGCUUUGAGGCUGGUUGGCCUUCUACUUCAGUUCCUGGACAUGGGAAUGUUCCCAAGUGGUGGAGUUCCUUUGGGUUUGACUUUGAUAAAGGCAAUUUUGGGGUGGACCCAGGAUUGCCAAUUCCACCAAGUUUGCCUUUUGAAUCCAACCCAAAUUGGUCUUUGCCCAAUUGGGUUCAGAGAACACCACAACAGCAUCAAUCUUCUUCAUCAGUGGUGAAAGUAGGAACUUCAUCAACAACUGUGCCUCGUUUUCUAAUAGAGCCCCCUUCAAACCAAAAUCAUAGCGGCAGCGGCGUGCCUGUAAUACCAGUGGAUAAGACGGUUGGCACGAAAAGGCACUACCCUUUCUCCCUGGAUUUUCCUCCUGCCCCCGCUGUCAAUUAUAAUUUUUCCUUCUUUUCUGAAACAAGAAAAAAUUCAAAAACUUCAUGCGGUAAUGGAAGUGGAUUCAACUUCGAUGCUAGCAAUUCAACUUCCAGAGAAGUCCCAUUCUUUUCAGCAUCCAAGUCUGAGCCAAACUCAAAGAAAAGAAAAAUAGAGAAUGAGAAUUUUAGUGGAGAUUUUCUCACAUUGGCUCCUCCAUUAUCUCCCGCAUCAUGUUCGCCUUCAAAGUUGAAGUCUCCUUCAACUUCCCAAGCAUUGCACAACCAGGAAUAUCCUCAAUUUGAAUUUCAAUCAUGUCAGGGAAAUGUAGAAGAUCAAAUCCCUACCCCACCAGUGUACAGGCAAAUCAAUCAACAAAAUCAACCCUUUUACAGCUUCUUCCUUCCAGAAGCAAAGGAGGAACAAAUUGAACAAACACCUGCCAGUAUUCAGAAUUAUCAUGAAGUGGGAGAAAGUAUUGAUCUUAAUUUGAAGCUAUCAAUAUAGCAUUUAUAGGCUAGUUGUUUCCUCACUAUGAAACUAGCAUAGUCGCCUUUUAUUUACUUUUAUUUUUACUAGUGGUAGAUAUUUAUAAAUGUGCACAUGUAGGAUUGAAUAUGAAAAGGACAAGAAAUCUUGCCAUGUGAGAGAUGUUGAUUUAUUUGUUUGAAUUGUUUUGUCUUGAUGAGGCCAAACUAUGGUGUUGUGCCUUUGAGCAUUGGGGUUAAGGGCUUGUUUCGUUUUUUUUUUAUUUAAUUUUUAUUGUUUAUGUUUCCAUUCUUGGUUAUUGAAGUGGCUGGUUGGAUGAGUCAGGAACUGGAGUGGUAACAAACUGUAGCAUGUGGGUUGUGGAGGUAUCUGAUUGUGCUUUGUCGUCUAUUUGUUUCAGUGGGGUCCCAAAAUCUGGCCUCCAUUAUGGGUCCAAAAUGACAAAAUAACACUGCCAAGGCCCUCAACAUUCAGUAGCACGUCUGUCAAUUAUGACUUAAUUGAUU